ACGGAAGUAAGAUCGAAAUAGAGGCAUUUCCGGUUUCGCCAUCGGGCUUCUUCUGAGGUCUAGAACGUUUCCUGGAGAGGAAAAAACAGCAAAUUAUGAGUUCAAGACGAUGGUUUCACCCCAAUAUCUCUGGCCUGGAGGCAGGCACACUGCUAUCGGAGAGAGGCUUUGAUGGCAGCUUUCUCUGUAGACCAAGUAAAAGUAAUCCUGGGGAUUUUACUCUGUCAGUCAGGAGAAAUGGGGAGGUCACCCACAUCAAGAUUCAGAACACUGGCGACUUCUACGAUCUCUACGGAGGUGAGAAAUUUGCCACGCUGGCCGAGCUGGUCCAGUAUCACAUGGAGAACCAGGGGACAUUGAAAGAGAAGAACGGGGAGAUCAUUAACCUCAAGUAUCCGCUCAACUCUGCAGACCCUACCACUGAGAGGUGGUUCCAUGGUCACAUCUCGGGCAAGGAGGCCGAGCGUGUGCUGGUGGAGAAGGGGCGUAAUGGGAGCUUUUUAGUACGCGAGAGUCAGAGUAAACCUGGUGACUUUGUCCUGUCUGUACGUUGCGAAGAUAAGGUGACACAUAUAAUGAUACGCACCCAGGAUGGGCGUUAUGACGUGGGGGGUGGAGAGCAGUUUGAAAGCCUCUCAGAUCUAGUGGAGCACUAUAGGAAAAACCCCAUGGUGGAAACAUCAGGGACUGUGGUACACCUCAAAAAUCCAUUCAAUGCAACUAGAAUCAAUGCGUCAGGCAUAGAGAACAGGGUGAAGGUACUUCAGAAGGAAAAUGGGCCCAAAGCAGGAUUUUGGGAGGAAUUUGAGCAAUUGCAGCAGCAGGAAUGUAAGCAUUUGUACAGCAGAAAGGAAGGACAGAGACCUGAGAAUAAAGCUAAAAAUAGAUACAAGAAUAUUCUGCCAUUUGACCACACAAGAGUGCUGCUCAGAGACGAUGACAGUAACCAGGUCGGUGGUGACUACAUCAAUGCUAACAUCAUCACCAUGGAGGAUGAUUUUAUUCCCGGCAACAACAAUAAGAAGGUCUACAUUGCCACCCAGGGGUGUCUGCCCACCACAGUGGCCGAUUUCUGGAGGAUGAUCUGGCAAGAAAACUCCAGGAUAAUUGUUAUGACAACGAAAGAAGUCGAGAGAGGAAAGAACAAGUGUGUGCGAUACUGGCCUGAGGAGGGGAGGACUAAGGACCUGGAGGUUCCUGGCGGUAAAAUCCACGUGCAGCACGUGAAGGAGAACGUCAUGACAGACUACACGUGGCGCGAGCUGGAGGUGUGGCACGAUGGAGAGGACCAGCCUAAAGAGCACAGGAAAGUGUACCACUACCACUUCAAGGUAUGGCCAGAUCACGGCGUACCAGCUGACCCCGGCUGCGUUCUCAGCUUCCUACAAGACGUGAAUACACAGCAGGAGAGUAUCCCGGGAGCAGGGCCCAUCGUGGUGCAUUGCAGUGCUGGUAUUGGACGGACUGGGACGUUCAUUGUUAUUGAUAUGAUUCUCAAUCAAAUAAGACAACAAGGUUUGGAUUGUGAAAUAGACAUCCAGAAAACAAUCCAGAUGGUGAGGUCCCAGAGGUCAGGGAUGGUGCAGACAGAGGCUCAGUAUAAAUUUGUAUACAUGGCAGUUCAUCACUAUAUAGAUACCACAACAAAGAGGGUGCAAGCUGAGCAGAAAAGCCAGCACACGGGCCGUGAGUACCUUAACAUUCAGUACACAGCUGAAACCAGCGCCAGUGAGCCAGCCAAAACAGCCUUGCCAAAAGGAGCCUCUCCAUCAGCUAACAGUCCUACAGCUCCUGUGAGGGGAAAGAAGGAUAAAACACUACCAAAGACCCCAGACGAUGCUCCACAUGCUCCACCCCAGAUUUAUGAAAACGUUGGCUCUAUGAAAUCCGAGGGACAGGCAACACACAAGAAAUCAACAUGACGUGGAUACCAUGUCACCAUUGACAUAUAUUAUCAAAACACAACUUGAUUGGUAUGGAGCAAAUAGAUUUUAUAAUUGUCCUGGAGAAAAUAAUAUAUUUGUAACACACAAGGUGUGUCAUGCAAGGAAGACAUGAACUGAGGGAAGUCAUAACUCACGUCACCCAGAUUAAAGGAUUAUGUAGAAGGCUCCAUUGUACCUUUUAAUAUAAAAUGCCAUGUAAUAAGCAGUCUGGAGGCCAGGUGAGGUCAGUUGGACUCUUUACGGUCUAUAUGUGUCCUGUUGUGAACACGCACUGGAUUUUAAUGGCCCUUGGUGCAUACACAGCAGACAUCUAUUGAAUAGACAAUGUGUGACUGUAAGUAGCAUUUUGUGAGUGUCUGUGACAUUCUGGGGAAUGUCUGUGACAUUCUGUGAGUGUCUGUGACAUUCUGAAGAGGUCUGAUUAUUAACUUAUAAAGUAAUGUUAGAUAUUUUAAAGUAAGACAUGACAUACAAUCAACAAAUCACAAAUGGAUUUGGCUUGAAACUGACACCGAAGAGGAUGGUGAUUUCACUUCAAUUCAUGUACAAGCUCAGCUACAAGUUUUUUUUCCUGAAUUGGCUUCUUGCUUGCCAGUUAAGUUGUCUAUUUUAAGGGACUGUAGGUUAUUUAAACAUGUACAUUGUCAUAUUGUUUAGUUCAUGGGGAAGUAAAGUUAAUUGUAGUCCUCCUGAGGUUUAUUAUGGGGUAGACAUUUUGUACUUGACAAACAAAAUGGCAGUUUUUUCAGCUAGGUCUGAUUUUUUGUUAUGAAUUAGAAAUGCAAGGUUAACAAAAAGUUUAUUAAAUAUGAGGAUUGAUUGCAAUUUGAAACUUUUUUAGUGACUCUUUUUGUGGUCCACAUCCCAGUCGCUGACACCCAUUUGACAUUUGGUACAGAAGUUUUUGAUAGAAUUUUUGAUAGAAUAUAUAUAUAUCCACAUAGCAUACAACAUAAUAUUACAAUACCUACCUAAACUAAAACUUUUGUAAAGCAAAAAUAAAUAAUUGAAUUUUGCUUUAAAUUUUAUUUUUUCCUUUUAAUAAUAAUUACCAAUUUGAGAGUAUUUUAAUGCUAUUCAAAUUUGGCUAAAAAAUCAUGAUCCAAAAGCAUAAUUUUAGAUUCCUUAUAUCUGAUUCUCCUGUUAUGAAUAUCAUUUCUGUGACAAGAAUGACUCAAAAAUUUGAAACUAGUAUUUAGAUAUUAAAAAUUUCAAAGAUGAGUGAAUAGAUUAUAUUUUGGUGUACUACCAUGGUAAUAAGGGAAAAGUGUUAAAAGUUUCUGGCUACACACUUUUUUGUUCUUGUCAAAAUAGCUAAUUUUCUCUAAACUGAAGAUGAAAAGUAGCACUGAACAUUUAAAAGCCAUAUUUGACCUAGUUAUAUUUUUAUGAGAUCACUUUUUCCCAGUUAACUAAUUUAUUGAAUGAUGAAUCCACAGAAAUGGUCCGUUUUUAUGUGUCCAAAAUCAUGUCAGAUACCCUCAAAACACAGCUUAAUGCUGGAAAAAAAGCAACAUGGAUUCAGCUCAGUUAUGUAGUAUGUUAUAGUGAACCCAGAUUGUGCUAAACGACAUAAUAUCCGUUUAUAAUUAUCAGAAUGACUUAUGAAUUUGUGAAACAUUUUAUGUUAAGUUCUUAUUUGCAGCAUCUUGUUAACAACCAUUAUUAUUAUUAUUAUCAUUAUCAUUAUAUUUUACUCAGUUUGAAUUUCAGGAUAUACUGAAAGCCAGG